CCUUCCAAUGACAAAGUUGUUCAAAGCCGUCCAAUAUUGCCAAUACCAUACAUUUUGUAACAAUAAUAGCAUUUACCUUUUUACUAUUUUACGCCAAUGCUCAGCAAAUUUAACUCAAGGGCCUGCACAGAGGUGAAGAAAGUUGGAAACCGACACACACACACACUCUCGACCCAAACAGACACGUCGAAAUCCAGUCCGGGUUUUCAGAGCGCCUGCUUUGGGAUUCUGCAAUUGGGAGUUUUAGAGCAUCUCAAACCACACACAGCAUCAGCUUGAACAACAAGAACUGAACCAAGACUGCUUCUCACUGGAAGCUGCACCAAACUUCAUAAAACAAACGGAAACUUUCCAAAAACAGCCGGCUACCUUUCGAGUCGCCUGCGUCUUACGUGUAACUUUUGACCGAGUGAGAUAUUCCAGGAACGAGCCAGCAAAGUGAGUUUAUGAAAAACAAAAACUUGACUUCCUGUUUCAGGGUGGUCCAAGGCGCUCGGAGACCGAGAAUGGAAUACAGUACUUAGAACUGAGCUCUGUGACUGGAAAGUAAAGGGAAUGGACUUUCUCUUUUAAAUGACGUGUUUUUAAAAGGAGUUUACAUUUCUAUAUAGAUAAAAAUGAUCUGGUGAAUGUGUAUAUAUUACUUUGUAAGUAUAGAGUUCCUCCGAAUACAGGAGUCUUAUUGAAAGGUCUGCAUCCCCCAAGAGAUUUAACCUUUUUGGAUCGAAUUCCGACCACCAACUGAUGAAAACGGUUUUCUACAGUUUUCAGAGGGCUUGACGGUGGUUUCCCAGGAUUCCAAGCUCCAAUGCCAGUUGACAUGCAGCCCCAUCAGGGCCGGUAUCGCUACGAGCCUGGCCCCAGUCAGCCCGCCAGGGGCCUCACACCGUCUGGCAGUCCUGUGUACUCUGAUGUGUCUCUGAUCAGGAUGUCUCCUCAUCGCUCUCAGCCUGGGGAGAGCCAGGCCCUGUUCCACCCCAACAGCCACGCCUUCGUGGAGCCCUACAUGAGGCCACCUCACAGACAGACACCCCCCAGCAUGCUGGCUAACCGGGGCGUGGCAACAGCACAUGGUGGGAAUGGAGGGACCUACUACCACCAGAAUAACCUGAUGGCCAGUCACCAUGGCUUUGGCUUGAACCAGGCUGGGGGAGAGCACCUGAGCUCUAUGGAUGUGUCGCGGUUCUCCACGCCUCGCUCGAUGAUGAAGCUCAGUAAGAAGCGAGCGCUCUCCAUCUCUCCCAUGUCAGACGCCAGCAUUGACCUGCAGACCAUGAUCCGCACCUCCCCCAACUCCCUCGUCGCCUUCAUCAACUCCCGCUGCGGCUCCACCACCGGCUCCUACGGGCACCUCUCUGUGGGGGCCAUGAGCCCGUCAAUGGGAUUCCCAGGCUCCAUGAGUCAUGCCAAGGGUCCGGGCUCCUCGUUCGGGCACGGCCCGCCCCUCAGCCACCCCCCUGGGCCCUGCCACCCUGCCUUCAGGCACCCGGCCACCCCCAGCAUGCUGCCACACAGCAAGCACUGCCACAUGAAGACGGAGCCUCUGGGCAGUGUGAAGGGAAUGGAGGACAGGUCUGAGUGUGACGUUCCCAGCCCCUCCUCUGCAGGCACACAGGACCCUCUGAUGGGACUCCUGGACGGGAGGGAUGACCUGGAGAAGGAGGAUGGGAAGCAGGAGGCUGAAGUCGUGUAUGAGACCAACUGUCACUGGGAGGGCUGCACCAAGGAGUUCGACACCCAGGAGCAGCUGGUGCAUCACAUUAACAACGAGCACAUCCACGGGGAGAAGAAGGAGUUUGUGUGUCACUGGCAGGACUGCUCGCGGGAGCAGAGGCCCUUCAAAGCUCAGUACAUGCUGGUGGUGCACAUGAGGAGACACACUGGAGAGAAGCCACACAAGUGUACUUUUGAGGGCUGUAAUAAGGCGUACUCCCGGCUUGAGAAUCUGAAGACCCACCUGCGAUCACACACAGGGGAGAAACCGUACGUGUGUGAACACGAGGCCUGCAACAAGGCAUUCUCCAACGCCUCGGACCGAGCCAAGCAUCAGAACCGCACCCACUCCAACGAGAAACCGUACGUGUGUAAAAUCCUGGGUUGCACCAAGCGCUACACUGACCCCAGCUCGCUGAGGAAGCACGUCAAGACCGUGCACGGGCCCGAGGCUCACAUCACCAAGAAACACCGCGGAGACACGGGCCCCCGGCCCCUUGGAGCAGGGCUGCCCCCCUCUGGACAGGGCCAGGAACUGCACAUGGAGAAGGAGGAGGGCAAGAGAGAGGACUGCAAACUGAUGGUGCCAGACAAUACACUGAAAUCUCAGCCCAGUCCUGGUGGCCAGUCCUCGUGCAGUAGCGAGCGUUCGCCACUGGGGAGCGCCAACAACAACGACAGCGGGGUGGAGAUGAACGCGAAUGCUGGGGGCAGCCUGGAGGAUCUCUCCACCCUGGAGGACGCGCCCUGUGUGGAGUCAGCGGGCACAGCGGGCAUGUCCGCCCAGGCCCUUAAGCGGCUUGAGAACCUCAAGAUUGACAAGCUGAAGCAGAUCCGCAGGCCCACCCCACCCACUCGAAACGUCAAGCUGCCCGUCAUCCCGGGUAACCAGGGAGAGAUGCUGUCCAUGUGCGGCCCGUCUCCGAUGCUGUCUAAUCGGCGGGUGAGGGAGCUGUCCAACAAUGACCUCGUGUCCAUGAACCAGCUGACCGAUCGGAGGAACAGCAGCACAAGCAGCAUCAGCUCCGCCUACACGGUCAGCCGGCGGUCAUCUGUCGUCUCUCCCUACCUCUCCAGCCGUCGGUCCAGCGACGUGUCCCAGGUCAGCGGACACCCCCAAAACAUAGGCGACCCCCUCUCUCCCGAGAGUACCCGCAGGGCGGGAGAGGCCAGGCAGUGCGGGGGAGGCCUGCCCGGUUUGGCUAACCUUACCCCAGCACAGCAGUACAGCUUGAAGGCCAAAUACGCGGCUGCCACUGGAGGUCCUCCCCCCACCCCCUUACCCAACGUGGAUCAGCCCGGGGCAAGGAUGGGUUUCAUGAAUGACUACCAUGGUCAACCCAUGCCUCCAUUCCAGCAUCACGGAAUCCAACGCAGGAACAGCGCCAACGAGUACAGCAGCUACGGGACGGGCAUCAUCCACCCUCACCAAGCGCCUGGGAACACCAUCCGGAGAGCCAGUGACCCGGUGAAGUCAGGGGUCGACCAGCAAGCAGUGGCCAAAGUCCAGCGUUUCAACAGCUUGACCAACAUGAGCAUGUCCCUGAUGGGAAGAAGAAACGCCACCACCUCCACACUCCAGCAUUUCGGAGGGUCGGAAGCCAACGUUGCUAGGCACAUCUACUCCCCACGGCCCCCUAGCAUCACAGAGAAUGUUAUGCUGGAGGCUAUGGCCAGUAUGGAAAACCCCGCUGCCACCCAGCCUAGGGAUCCCAACUUGAUGAUGCCCACCGAUGGUAUGGGGCAGUAUAUGGGUUACCACCAGGGGUCGAACUUGUCUCCUAAUCACGAGCCUUUGAAUUGCAACGAACAAGGCUAUCAGGCAGCAGGGGUGCAUCAUCAGAAUAUGUAUCACAGCCAGCGUACAGAUAUGGGCAACCAACAAGUCAGGCAAGUUGAGGCCAUGCGCCAAGGAGGGAUGGCAAGCAACAUGAUUCAACAGCCAGAGUAUGGAAUGAACCAAUGCCAGCUGAGUCCUUCCAGUCAACACUUCCCUAACCUCUUGCAGAUGAAUGCCAGCGAAAACCUAGCAGGCCAGUGGGGAGAGCCUAGCCCAGGCAGUAUGGACCACUCGCAUCAGAACCACCCGCAUGCAAUGCCAAACAUGAUGUCAGGCGGGCAGUAUACAGGUUCUGCCAUGCAACACCCAGGCCACCCAAGGUCAAGCAUGCCCAACAACAGCCACACUCAGCCAACCAUGUUCACCAACCAGAAGGUCAUGCACCAGCAGACCAUCAAACCAGAGCAGCAGUUCCACCAGUCCUUGUCAACCUUGAACCCCUGUCAGAAUAUGAAGCAGCAGCAGCCCAUGGCACCUCAGCAGACUUUUGACCGGUCUUCUCAGAUGGUACGUCCAAGUGGUAUGAGCUGCGAGUUCCAAGGCCAGCUAGACACCCAGCAGGCUUCCUUCUCCGUGGGCAUGACAGCUGGCAUGCUUGGGUCUCCUGUACAGGAGGGGAGAAGGUCUCAGACCCCCAUGAUGCAGGUGAAGGAGAUGAUGGUUCGGAAUUACGUGCAGUCCCAGCAAGCCCUGAUGUGGGAACAGCAGCAGAAAAACGAAAUGCCUCCGCCAGCAGACAGCAUGGACCUGGGCAGCCAAGGCCAGAUCAUGCAGCACAGCCCCCAUUCCCAGCCUUACAUGAGUCCCAAUUAUAUCAACUACCAGCAACCAUCACAGCAGCAGGCUAACCUGAUGAGCCCAGUGUCUCACAGUGGAUCAGUGCAGUCUAAAGACAUGCUGAGCCCCAACAGCCAGUGCUACAGCCACGACAUGGUUCCCAGGCCUCCACAAGGAAGGAAACCCAUAAGCCGGCAGAACAGCAUGACCCACCAGCAAGGGUACCUAGACAGCCCCCCUCAGUUGAGCCCGGGCCAUGAGUCUUCCACCAGCCCUAGGAGAACCGUCCAGCUUCCUCAAGUGCAACCCCAUCAAGAAUUGAGCACCAGCAACAACAGCACAAUCUACUAUUCCGGGCAGAUACAAAUGCAUCACCCGGAUAUAAGCAAGCAGCUCGCCAGGCAAAACUCCCAGCAGGGGAGCUGCGUGAACCAGCAAAUCAACCAAAUGGACCAAAUGAAGCCAGGAUCCUUGGCUUAUCCCGAGAUGGGGCAGAUGUCCAGCGCCCUUGAUAACUUGGAUCUGGAGAAUGCCCAGAUAGACUUUGCAGCCAUUCUAGACGAUGCAGACCACUCUGCCUUGAUGCCCGGUCCCAAUGGCAUCCACAGCUCGUCCCACACGUCCUCCCGUCUCACCACGCCAAGGAACUCUGUCACUCUCCAGUCAGGGCUGUCCAACAUGGACAUGGCAUCCAUCAUGACUUCACUAACAGGGGAAAACAAGUUUCUCAACACCAUGUCUUAGAAACAGGACAGCUUAUAACCCUGCAACCUCCAACCCAAAACCAGGAACUGCGUCAACAAAUAAAAGCACUUUCCCUUCAAUCUGCAGCAUGAGAGCUGCAUGAAAGCCAGGGGAAGACAGAAGCUUGUUGAGCAGUCAAUGGGGACGCAAGGCUUCAAUAUAAUAAGCAUAAUGAAGACCGUGUUGAAUAAAACGGCCAAGCUUGCUUUCCCUUACAAAUAACAUUACGUUCUGCAACGGGUGUAUUAGUUUACAGAAGCAUUCAUCAAAUCCAUUCCCUGGUGGUGUCAAUAUACUGGAGACCUGGCUUACUCCUUACCACAACAAACCCAUAGGCAAAAGUGUGCAUGCAUUUCAUGUAAAUAAAAUAUAUAAAUAUAUACAGUAUCUAUAUAUAUGUAUCUGGUGGACAAAUAUGGAGUUGCCAGUGCAGACAGUGGUAAGCACAACCAAGUAAGCCUCUAAAAGGGAGAACAAAGGAGGGUUUGGAAAGAUGAACAAGAUGAUGAUCCAUUUGCCAUUCAGAAUGUAAUGAGGUUUAUGAACAAGUGCCUCAUCCCCGCUGAAAAUAUUCCCCCUAGCCGUGCACUUUCCCACGUUCUCGGAUCAUGCUAACCAUAAGCACACUUUGACAGCACAUAACCAAGACCCGGAUUCACCAUUGCAGACUAUGGUACCAGAUGCAACACGAAGACUUUGCUUCAGCUAAAAUACUUUUCAUUAAGGAUCCACCCAUUCUGGAUCUAAUUUUAGAUCCUUCUGACCGACGCACCUUGGUCAUUUCGGUACAUUACAGUAAAUUCAAUAGAGAUCUAAUGUGAUGUCAAAUGCAGCACAUGGACUUGAUAGGGACCGUUGACAGGAUAGGUGUUGCAGCGCAGGCGGGUAUCUGACCCAACUCCAAGUGCCUUUGCAUUGCACAAGGGCAUCCUGCAGGAUUUGUGCUACCUCAAAAUCAGUACCUUUUAUUACUACACAGGUACUUGAGCAAAAAAGUGCAGUCACAGUGGAAAAAAAAGGGAGGACUGAAAAGCAAAACCUAUACUUACGCGUUACAAGAACCAAGCAACGCCAUUUGGGCUUUAAAACAACACAGCGUUUGCAGAAUUAUUCUGCAGCAACCCAUCUACAAACAAUCCUAACCGUGUCAAAUACGGCCUUGAACCAGAAGCUGUAUGUAAAAGGUGUAUUCGUGUCGGCAGAUACUGUUACAAGAGCAUUUCAGAUUGCCGGUCUCUGGUUUUGUACGUUUCAUUUUGUGUGUAAAAACGUUUAUCAAUUCAUUGUAAGCCUUGGCGGAAGUGCUUCAGCGUGUUCCUACCUGCGUU